CUUUGGACGUACGAAUCAUGGGAAACUUCUUUACCUUCUGAUAUUGCUCCCCCUUCACUCUCAGCACAACUCUCAUCUCUCACACCCAACACUGAUGGAUCUCCUGCAAGCCAAGCAUCACUAGUGUUUGAUCUCGUCCGAUCUUUGUGGGAAAACUCUGAUUUGGGAGCUUUGAUCUCUGGUCUCAACAAAGCUCUCAUCAUCCACAAGCUCAUCUGCAUUCAUGGCUCCUAGAUGAAGAAGAAGAAGAAAAAGAAGAAAAAUAAGGGGGACGGGUGAUUCAAUGGAUCAAAUUCUCUCCAUUAUUAUUCGCUGGUUGUGGGGUGAAAAAGAUAAUAAAAAGAAGCCAAGUGAAAAACUACCCCUGAUUUCUCCACCGAGAUUGGGCUCAGACACCAACUCUUCAAUCUCAAGGCCUGCGUUGCAACCAAAUCCAAUUACUUCUCCACCGAGUUUAGGAUCAUGUAGGGACUACACAUUGCAGACAAAUCUACGGACUCAUCCUACGCCUCCACUGAGCUCUAGCUCUAACUCUAGCUCUAGCUCUAACCCAUUCACCCACUCCAAAACAAGUGGUGCAUCACGUCUUCAGCCAACACUACAGACUCAUAAUCAACUCAACUCGAGCUCAUGUGGCCUCUCUAUCGCGACUGUAUCAUCCCCUGUCCAGCCAAAACUAGAGACUCACCAACAAAUGAGUUCUAGCUCAUGCAGCCAAUCCAGCACAACCCAGCACAAUUUGAAUCCCGAAUACAAUGAAUGUUGCAUUUGAGUCAUAUUGAUUUGAAAAGAAAAAGAAUCCCACUAUUAAUGUCUCGGUCUGAUAUGUAAAGCCCUUUUUAUGAGGGAACCCCUAUGGGGUGAGACCGAAAAGCCUCUCUCUUAUUCCGAUGUGGGAUGACUUGAAUGUUAACAUGAUAGGCUUUGUGGGUAAUAUCUUCUUAUAUUUCUCAACAGUGUGUGGCAGAGGCAUUCCUUAUCUUACUUGUCCGAGAAGGAAAAUUUAAUGCAAUGUUGGUGGGACCUGUGUCAAGUCCAUUGACAUUGCAGUGCACGCCCGCAUGGUUUUCAUGACAAGGGACAUUUCUAUGUUUACAGGCUCCUUGAUGAAGGAAGAAGAAAAAGAAGGGGGGGACGGGUGAUUCAAUGGGUCAAAUCCUCUCCGUUAUUAUUCGCUGGUUGUGGGGUGAAAAAGAUGAUAAAAAGAAGCCAAGUGAAAAACUACCCCUGAUUUCUCCGCCGAGAUUUGCCUCAGACACCAAUUCUUCAAGCUCAAGGCCUGCGUUGCCACCGAAUCCAUUUACUUCUCCACCGAGCUUAGAAUCAUGUAGGGACUACGCAUUGCAGACAAAUCUACGGACUCAUCCUCCGCCUCCAGUGAGCUCUAGCUCUAACUCUAGCUCCAGCCCAUUCAGCCACUCCAAAACAAGUAGUGCAUCACGUCUUCAGCCAACACUACAGACUCAUCAUCAACUAAACUCGAGCUCAUGUGGCUUCUCUAUCGCGACUGUAUCAUCCCCUGUCCAGCCAAAACUAGAGACUCCCCAACAACUGAGUUCUAGCUCAUGAAGCCAAUCCAGCACAAACCAUUUUUACCCAAAACUAGUGCAGACUCAUCAGCCACUCAACUUGAGCUCAUGUGGCCUCUCCAGCACGACUGUAUCAUCCCCUGUCCAGCCAAAACUAGAGACUCCCCAACAACUGAGUUCUAGCUCAUGCAGCCAAUCCAGCACAACCCAUUUUUACCCAAAACUAGUGCAGACUCAUCAGCCACUCAACUUGAGCUCAUGUGGCCUCUCCAGCCAAAACUAGAGAUUCACCAACAACUGAGUUCUAGCUCAUGCAGCCAAUCCAGCACAACCCAUUUUUACCCAAAACUAGUGCACACUCAUCAGCCACUCAACUUGAGCUCAUGUGGCCUCUCCAGCACGACUGUAUCAUCCCCUGUCCAACCAAAACUAGAGACUCACCAACAGCUAAGUUCUAGCUCAUGCAGCCAAUCCAGCACAACCUAUUUUUACCCAAAACCAGUGCAGACUCCUCAGCCACUCAGCUCCAACUCGUGUGGCCUAUCCAGGCCAAGUGGUACUUCUCAUGCUCAGCCAAAGAUACAGACUCAUUCUUCACUACUCUCUAGCUCCUGCAGCCACUCUAGCGUGAGUGGUGCAUCCCAUUUCCAGCCAAAUCCAGUGACUCUUCCACUGAGCUCUGUCCCAAGCAGCAACUCAGGCAUCAAUGGUGCAUCGCAGCGAAACUCUCUGGGUUUUCCACUGAGCUUGGACUCACGCAGCAAUUCCAGGUCUGAUGAUGCAUUGGAUCUGUUAAUUCCUGCAAAAUUUAAAGUCCAAGUUGUAGGUGAUGAGAAGCAAGUUUCUGCACGGCUCCACCAUUACGACAUAAUUGAAGAAAACGAAGAACGAACCAGAGGAGCGGUAGGAAAAAAUUGGUGGGACUACAGCAGCUGUGAAGAAGACGUAGAGGAAGGAAAGCUUGGAGUAAGAUGGAUAAAGCACUACAGCAGUGAGUACAAAAUAUUGCUGCUGGGUGAAGGGGACUUCUCAUUCUCUGCGUCUUUGGCUGUGGCUUUUGCUUCUGCUACAAACAUAACCGCUACUUCUCAUGAUUCUAUAGUCCCGAGUAAACCUUGAUUAGCAUGUGCCCCAGCACCCAUUUGGGGUUUGUCUUAUGGCCUUAAUUGACGACUAUCAACUGCAAUUUUCUGAGUUUUUGAGCACAAACUAUAGGCAUGCCUUGUCCAACAUCGAUACACUACGGAGCUUGGGAGCUAAGGUCAUGCAUGAUGUUGAUGCCACCAAAAUGGCAAACGUUUUCCCAUUCAAAUGCAUGAGUUUUGAUCGAGUUGUUUACAACUUCCCAUUCGCUGGAUUUUUUCCCUGUGAUCUGGCGAAAUCAACUGCUGGUACAGCUGUUUUUAGAAAAUGCUAAGAAGUUGAUUCACAUAGAUGGAGAAAUCCACAUUACUCACAAAAGCAAUGGCUUCUUUCGUGAGUGGAAUUUGAAAUUUCUAGCCUCAAGAGUUGGGCUUCGACUUAUAGAAGAAGUGCCCUUUAAUUUUAGGGACUACACAGGGUACCGCACCAAGUAUGGCUUUGGGGGUGACAAUAACUUCAACUGCAAUCCCAGCAGAACAUACAAAUUUGGGCAUAAAAAACUGAAUGAGAAUGUGUGGAAUGAAAAUGUGUGGAUGUGAUCUAUAGAGGAAAUCUUUGAAGAUGGAAAGGUUUGUACAUAGAAAAGGAAAAAAGGUUGAAUUCUGAUGAUAUCGCAGGGCAACUCUAUGAUAGGCAUUGUACCGUACAAAGUUAAAUAAGGUCCUUGCUUUUCUAUGCCUUCUAGCAAAAGUGAUUCUUCUUCUUCCCUUCUAGUAGGCACAUAUUGCACCCCAAGUUGCAAGCACUGAGAUUAGAAAUCCUAUAAUCUUGUAAUCAAAGUACCUGUUAUCACAAAGGCACAAUGCAUGCUCAGCACAUGAAACAUUGUGCUUUGGUUUUUA